GACUGUGGGAGGAGGUGGGUGGGUCCAGGGGGGUAAUAGGGACUAGGGAAGGGAAAGAGAGUGCUUCUCGGUCAGUUUCCAUCUCCUGCCUUCGAACUCAGUGCGCUUUCCUUGCGGGAAGGACGCGGAGGCCAGGGCGCGCGAGUGCGCGCUGGUACAGCCCGCGCCUCGGCAGGUGGGUAGCCUGGGCGCAGGAAGAAGGGGAAGUUAUCUUCCCCUCGGAAGAGGGCGCUGGCUCCCCCAUUCUGCCUUUAUAAUAAGGCCGCGGGAGGAGAGGAAGCUGCCAGCAGCCGUCUGCUCUUUGCAAAGCAUGCAGUUAGGGGAGCAGCUCUUGGUGAGCUCAGUGAACCUGCCUGGCGCGCACUUCUACCCGCUGGAGAGUGCGCGAGGCGGAAGCGGAGGAAGUGCUGGCCACAUCCCCGGCGCUGCCCCCUCACCUCAGAGGCUGGACUUAGACAAAGCGCCCAAGAAGUUCUCUGGCAGCCUCUCGUGCGAGGCGGGGAGCGGGGAGUCCACAGCCAGCAGCGCGGGGGCCCCCGGGGCCAUGCUCAGUGACGCCGACGCCGGAGACGCCUUCGCCAGCGCCGCGGCAGUGGCCAAGCCAGGGCCCCCGGACGGCCGCAAGAGCUCCCCCUGCGGGGAGGAGGAGCUGCCCUCGGCCGCUGCUGCAGCCGCCGCCGCUGCCACCUCGCGCUACUCCAUGGACACCCUGAGCUCGGAGCGCUACUACCUACAGUCCCCUGGGCCUCAGGGCUCAGAGCUGGCCGCGCCCUGCUCACUCUUCCCCUACCAGGCGGCUGCUGGGGCGCCCCACGGGUCCGUCUACCCGGCCCCCAACGGGGCGCGCUACCCCUACAGCUCCAUGCUGCCCCCCGGUGGCUUCCCCGCGGCUGUAUGCCCACCUGGGAGGGCGCAGUUUGGCCCGGGAGCCGGUUCUGGCAGUGGCGCGGGGGGCAGCGGCGGUGGAGGAGGCGGCCCAGGAGCCUAUCAGUACACCCAGGGGGCUCCGCUCUAUGGGCCAUAUUCCGGGGCGGCAGCGGCGGGUUCUUGCGGAGGACUGGGGGGCCUAGGGGUUCCGGGUUCCAGCUUCCGUGCUCAUGUCUACCUGUGCAACCGGCCUCUGUGGCUCAAAUUUCACCGCCACCAAACCGAGAUGAUCAUUACGAAACAGGGCAGGCGCAUGUUUCCUUUCUUGAGCUUCAAUAUAAACGGACUCAAUCCUACCGCCCACUACAACGUGUUCGUAGAGGUGGUGCUGGCAGACCCCAACCAUUGGCGCUUCCAGGGGGGCAAAUGGGUAACCUGUGGCAAAGCCGACAAUAACAUGCAGGGCAACAAAAUGUAUGUUCACCCAGAGUCUCCUAAUACUGGUUCCCACUGGAUGAGGCAGGAGAUUUCCUUUGGGAAAUUAAAACUCACCAAUAACAAAGGCGCAAAUAACAACAACACCCAGAUGAUAGUCUUACAGUCUUUACACAAGUACCAGCCGCGACUGCACAUUGUUGAGGUUACAGAGGAUGGCGUGGAGGACUUGAACGAGCCCUCAAAGGCUCAGACCUUUACCUUCUCAGAAACACAGUUCAUUGCCGUGACUGCCUACCAGAACACCGAUAUUACUCAACUAAAGAUUGACCAUAACCCCUUUGCAAAAGGCUUCAGGGACAACUAUGAUUCCAUGUACACCGCUUCCGAAAAUGACAGCCUAACUCCGUCUCCCACGGAUUCUCCUAGAUCCCAUCAGAUUGUCCCCGGAGGUCGGUACGGCGUUCAGUCCUUCUUCCCGGAGCCCUUUGUCAACACUUUACCUCAAGCCCGAUAUUAUAAUGGCGAGAGAACCGUGCCACAGACCAACGGCCUCCUUUCACCCCAACAGAGCGAAGAGGUGGCCAACCCUCCCCAGCGAUGGCUUGUCACGCCUGUCCAGCAACCCGGGACCAACAAACUAGACAUCGGGUCCUAUGAAUCUGAAUAUACUUCUAGCACCUUGCUCCCAUAUGGUAUUAAAUCCUUGCCCCUCCAGACGUCCCAUGCCCUGGGGUAUUACCCUGACCCCACCUUCCCUGCUAUGGCAGGGUGGGGAGGUCGAGGUUCUUAUCAGAGGAAGAUGGCGGCUGGACUACCAUGGACCUCCAGAACGAGCCCCCCUGUAUUCUCGGAAGAUCAACUCCCCAAGGAGAAAGUCAAAGAAGAAAUUAGCUCUUCGUGGAUAGAGACACCCCCUUCCAUCAAGUCUCUAGAUUCCAACGAUUCAGGGGUAUAUACCAGUGCUUGUAAGCGAAGGCGGCUGUCUCCUAGCACCUCCAGUAAUGAAAAUUCUCCCUCCAUAAAGUGUGAGGACAUUAAUGCCGAAGAGUACAGUAAAGACACCUCAAAAGGCAUGGGGGGAUAUUAUGCUUUUUACACGACUCCCUAAAGAAUUAUUUUAACCUCGUAAAAAUGAGCUAACUUUUUGCAGAUGGACUUGGUGGUGUUUUUUUGUUGUUGUUGUUGUCUUCUCUGUCUAGGUUGCCAAAAAGACGUGUUGCCUUCCAACUCCCUGCAUCCCGUUUUGUGCAAUUCUCUAAAGAAGGUGCCAAAGCUUUUUGAUUGUGCAGGUAACUGAAAUACACCUAGCAUUUUUUUUUUCUUUUUUAAAUGACGUUAAAGGAGGGCUUUAAAGUGUUUGAAAUUUUGAAGGUUAGCCAAGGUUUUGGAUUUAUUUAUUGGAGACACUAAACAUUCAAUGAAUUGGGCUGUGACACUUGAGGGCCGAGCACUAUCAGAAAAGUUGAAAGCUUCGGUUCUCAUUUCUACUUGUAAACCUUUAAGCAAAUAGAAGCCCAGAAUGCUAAGGGGUUUUUGCUUCUGGAAGAGAAGGGCUGGGCCUUAAGUUUUAACAGGGGACUUUCUGCUGUUACCUUCAGCUAGACACAAAAGAUGUUAGGCCUGGGAGGCAAGAAAAACAUCUGCGAAGGUGCCGGUUGUACCUGACUUUGAUUGCUCCCAGGCUUCCAGAACAAGCCAUGUUUGCCUAGUUCAGGAAUGCCUCAUUGAGAGGAGCUUGGCCUCUGCUGUGUGCUGGGGUGGCCCGGAGCACUUAGGGGAGAGGGUAAGGAAGGGAAUAGCCAAAAAGAGAGAAUUCAAAAGUGUACAGUUGUGUGUGUUUAGAUACAGUGUAGAAUACUGUGGAAUAUAUUGUACAAAUAGUCUACAUAGGUAUCGAAGAUAAUGUAAAAUUGGUGCUUGGCUUUGUAAAGAAUUUGCAAUCAACCAACAGCAGCUGCCGGGACAAAAGGAUGGUUUCUGUCAUCAUCCGCAUGAUAUUUGGGAAUAUUCUGUUGACUUCUUAGAUAGUUUAAAAUGUAUUCAGCCACCCUGUACUAACUUGAAACCUGUUUAAAGAAAACUCCUAUUUCCUCCUCUUCCUGGGCCCCUGCCCAUUCGUCCCCACGUUGGUCAAGUGGAGGAACUCAAACCCGAUGCUGCAGCUCCUAUAGGCUUUUAGUGCUCUUGGAUUUUUAUGUACAGUCUUAGUCAUUUUUAAUAAAUGUGGUUGAAUAUGGGAACGAGCAUAGCGCUGUCU